AUGCAUAGUGCUUUGAACGCACCAUUAAAAGGAUCACCUCUUGAUGCUAAGGAUAGAGACUUUUUAGCUACUCUUGAAACAAGAAGAAAAGGAAUUCAUUCUGCAUUAUGUAAUAACUUUGAUACUGCCACAGCUAUGAAUCAUCUCUUUGCUUUAAUUCGUAAAUGUAAUGAAUAUUUAUCAUCAACUUCUAGUACAUUAUUAUUAAGAUCAGCUUUAUAUUAUAUUCAAAAAAUGUUAAAAGUAUUUGGUAUUGAAGAGAAGCAAGUAUCAUCAUCAUCUGAUAAUGCACCCUUAUUAGACACAUGGUGCUCAUUUAGAACAGAAGUUAGAAAAGAAGCAAUUAAAUCUAAAAAUACAAAUAUAUUGAACUUAUGUGAUAAAGUUAGAGACGAGGAUUUACCAAAAAUUGGUGUACGUGUUGAAGAUGAUGGUAAAACUGCUUGGAAAUUAGGAAAUCCUGAAGAAAUUAUUGCUGCUAUUGAAGAAAAGAAAAGGGUUGCUCGUGAACAAGCACUUAAAAAGAAACAAAGUAAAAGAGCUGAUUUAGUUAAAAAGAUUACUAAUUAUAAGAAUUGGGCUGCAAACCCAAAUGAUUUAUUUAAGGAAUAUCCAAAACCAGAAAAUGGAAUUAUUCCAACUAUUGGACUUGAUGGUAAACCAAUUGGAAAGAAACAAGGACAAAAAUUAGAGAAAUUAUAUAAAACUGCUAUUAAAAAUAAUGAACUGUAUAAGGCUGAAUUAGCUAAAGACUCAGAAUUUUUAACUAAAUUAGAAGAACAAGUCCAUCAACUUGAUAAAGAAAUUGAAGAAAUGAAGAAUUAA